AUGGAAAACAUCAAUCUAUUUCUGGUUUUAACUUUUCUCAUUCUUAUCAUCCGAUUGAGCGAUGCUAAACCUAGCAGCGAUAAAUUCUUUAUGGAUAAAAUGUGUGGAAAUGAAUCGAUAAUUCUCGAUGGUGAUUUUAAACCUGGUACAUCGUUUCAAUUAACAAGCAAUAGUAAAUAUCAACCAAAUUUCAAUUGUUCUAUCAAAUUUCGUGCAGCUCAGUCGACACAACGAUUUGUUAUUACAAUAGAAAGAAUGAAUAUUGUUAAUUGUCCAAAUGAUUAUUUACGUAUCUAUGAUAGUUCAACAUUACUUAAUAAAGAUAUUAAACAACAAUGUGGUACACCUUCGUCAUUCAGUUUUACUACUACGACAGGACAAGUAACAUUUACCUUUACAAGUGGUCCAGGUACUAAAUCAUCUGGUUUUCAAAUAGCUAUUGCACUUCACUUUCCAGCGGUUCCUGCAUGUCCUCAAAGUCUUGGCUUUUUCUUAUGUAAAAAUAAGAAUUGUAUUUCGAAAAAACUUCAAUGUGAUACAUAUGAUCAUUGUGGUGAUUUUACAGAUGAAUUGUCAUGCAGUAUGGUUGGUAAAAAAUAA